GGGGCCGCUGCGCCGCUUGGCAGCAGCUCCCGAGAGAAAGGGGAAAGGGCUUUAGUCGGGGUGCUUUCCGCAAUGCCGGACCAGCGUUGGGGAAUGGCAGUUCCUACAGCGUCGCUGCGAAGCACUGCUCUGAACAGAAUAAAAUAUCUUUGCUGUAGAAUUUUGUAAGACAUUCUGGGUUAGCAGUUUCCGCUUGUGGUGCUGCGAGCUGGAAGCAAGUCUGUGCUCUCCCGCUCAGGCGGUGUGUCGGUCACCCGCCAUGGGCGAGGUCCUUCCGCGGCCCCCAGCGGCGCUGGCAGGGGCGCUCCGGCACCAAGAUGGCGGUGGCGGCGGCCGAGCUGGGGGCGCUGGGGCGGCGCUGGUUCUGCUGGCUGCUGGGGCUGCAGGCGGUAAGUGUUUAUGGAGCACAGUUGUCAUCAGAAGCUUGCAGAGAGCUGGGCUUCUCCAGUAACUUGCUGUGCAGUUCUUGCAAUCUUCUUGGGCAGUUCAAUCUGAAUCAGUUGGAUCCGUUCUGCAGGGAGUGCUGCCAAGAAGAAGCUCAGCUGGAAACUAGAAAGCUUUAUGCAGGAGCUGUCCUAGAAGUAUGUGGAUGAAAAUUGGGAAGGUUCCCUCAAGUCCAGGCUUUUGUCAGGAGUGAUAAGCCAAAACUCUUCAGGGGACUGCAAAUCAAGUACGUGCGUGGUUCUGACCCUGUACUAAAGCUGCUGGACGACAGUGGGAACAUUGCAGAAGAGCUGAGCAUCCUCAAGUGGAAUACAGAUAGUGUGGAAGAAUUUCUUAGUGAAAAAUUAGAACGUCUGUAAAUCCUUGCUUUCUGUCCUCUUUCCUUUUCAUAUUUUGUCAUGGUAAUCUUCUCAGACAAAGUGCACUACAAUUGAAGAAACAUUCCAGCAUCUGUAUUAGUUUUAAAAUAUCUGUUGUGCUGUACUAAACAUCUUGUAAUUAGAAGGGAAGCUUCAGCACACAUAUCUGACAAGCUGACAAACAGUAGCUUGUCUUAACAUUAUUUCAGCUCUUAAUGCAUUUAUCACUAAGAAUGCUUAGUUUCAAAGUUAAUUAUGCAAAUCUCAGUUUGUUAUAAUCAGGUCUGUUUUUACAAAUGCUCUUAAAACUGAAGAGCUUCAAAUAAUAGAAGGGAUUACCAUGCUUUUUGCUUGCUGCUCUUUCUUAAGUUAGAACCAAAUGCAGUCUAUCUCCCAAAGAAACUUGGCUACUAAUGCCCUCUUUUAUUUGUAUUUGAACUGUCCUUUUAUAGAAGCCUUGUUUAUAGUGAGUACCUAAUUCACAGGUUUGAAAGCUGAUGGAGGAGCUCAUGCUCUGAUACUGUGAAACAUUUAGUAAGUACACUUUAGUGAAGACUACAUAGAAAACCUCUGAGGUGUAUGAAGUCAGAUGUCAGGUGUGCUUUCCAUCAAGUGUUUUCACUUCAGAAAACAUGAGCUAUAACUCUUGAAAAAGCUUUCCUUCCAACUUUCAAAAUUUAUUGGAAGUUUGUUUAUUAAAUUAAUUUAGAAACUGCUCUUUUAAAAUGUAUAAUUUUUCUUUCUCAGUUGAAAUUUAUGUAAACAGGGAAUAUAGACAGUAUGUAUGGUAAUGAGUCAAAUCCAUUAAGACUUGUUGGGUUUUUUCCACUUAGAGUUAAUAAAUAUGGUAAUCAAGAAUAA